UUUGCUUUUAGUUUAAGCACAUGCACUGUAGAAACUGGCUAAGGAAGCAAGGAUUCUUUCUCUUCUUCUUCUUUUUCUAAUGUCAAUCUCUUGUUUUGACUGAUUUUUCAGUGCAUAAUCUGAAUUUGAUGCCUUUGGAGGACGGUUAUUCAACUGCUUGCCAUUUCGUUAACAAUUUCUGUGUACUCUGCUUACAGAACGUUUUGCUUAUUCAAAUUCCCAGCGGAUAAAAAUAAUUCGCAAGUGCAAAUUUCGCCGUGAGAGUAUGGCCAUUUCUUGCCAGCAGAACAUCAGCAAGUUAUAGCCUUUGGUUGGGCCUUUGGUGUUGCAGAACUAGUGGAGAUCUGGGUGGUUUUGAAGUCUACAGUUUACAGUUGGAUAUGGAGCCUUCAAAAGGAGUUUUGGCUUCUUUGUGGAACUUUAUUUGCUUUCUCCCUUUCUUCAUUGGGCUUCUGCUUCUGGGUAUUAUUAAAGGUAUCAUUUUCUGCCCAUUGGUAUGCCUUAUCAUGGGAAUUGGCAACUCUGCUAUCAUAUUAGGUCUUUGGCCAUUCCAUACUUUUUGGACGUAUUAUUCAAUUAUAAGAGCUAAACAAUUAGGGCCAUUUCUGAAGAUUGUUCUCUGCAUAUUUAUGCCGGUUCCCUUGAUAUUGUGGCCGCUGCUCAGCAUUGUUGGCAGUGUCGUAGGUGGUGCGCUGUAUGGAUUUCUUUCACCAGUAUUUGCCACUUUUGAUGCAGUUGGAGAAGGGAGGACAGAGGAGCUCUACCACUGUUUUGUUGAUGGAACUUGGGAUACUGUUAAAAAGAGUUGCACUUUUGUCCGUGAUUUUGGAGAUUGUUGUUAUCAUUCUUAUUCAUCAUAUAUGGAUGACCUGCAAUGGCAACAACCUCCAGAUAGGACACGUUAUGAGAUCAGAUUGCUCUACCUUCCUGGUGCUAUUAUUGCUGGUUUACUUGGUGUCAUGCUUGACUUUCCACUUAUUUCACUUGUUGCCCUCUACAAAAGCCCAUACAUGCUAUUUAAGGGGUGGCACCGUCUGUUUCAUGACCUCAUAGGACGAGAAGGCCCUUUCUUGGAGACAAUAUGUGUACCAUUUGCAGGUCUUGCCAUCCUUCUCUGGCCACUGGCUGUUGUUGGAGCAGUUUUAGGCUCCAUGGUAUACAGCAUCUUCCUUGGUGCUUAUGCAGGCGUGAUUGUUUAUCAGGAAUCGUCGUUUUGGUUUGGGCUUUGCUAUAUUGUCGCAUCCUGGGCUAUUUAUGACGAAUACAGCAAUGACAUUUUAGACAUGCCAGAAGGAUCUUGCUUUCCAAGGCCAAAGUACAGAAAAGCUGAACUGACAAAGAGUGCAUCUCGUGCAUCCUCCUUUUCAAACCGUAGUUCGUUUCGAAAUCGUCUCAACCGCGCAGACUCCCUUACACCCAUUCUUGAUCUAAAACCAUUUGCGGUGCUUGACUGCUUAUUUAAGGAGUGUCAACGCUACGGGGAGGAUUUUCUUUCUGAAGGAUUAAUAACACCUGAGGACAUUGAAGACGCCAAGUCUAACAAGGGUAGCACUGUGGUUAGCGUUGGCUUACCGGCUUAUAGCCUUCUUCGGGGACUCCUGUGCUCUGUGAAAGCCAAUUCUGAGGGUAUUUUGUUGAAUGACAAUGAGACAGAGUUGACAAGCUCGAACAGACCAAAAGAUGCCUUCUUUGAUUGGUUUCUUAACCCCUUUAUAAUAAUGAAAGACCAGAUUAAAGCCUUAAACCUUUCUGACGAAGAAGAGGAUUAUCUCUGCAAACUAGUACUGUUGAGUGGUAACCCCGCAAAGUUGAAAAGUGCAAGUAUCGGUCUAGCACCGGAGUCUGAGCGUAGACGAGCUGAACUUGACGCAUUAGCUCGAAGGCUUCAAGGGCUUACGAAAUCUUUAUCAAGGUAUCCUACAUCGAGACGCCAUUUCCAAAACCUUGUCAAGACACUUUCAGAAAAUCUGGCCAAGGAGAAUGGUGAGAACAAACCAAACAAUGUAACUGGAGCAUUUUCGAGAUCGAAAAGCGCCUUUGCUGCCUUCCGGAAAUCUUUUAAAAAUAGAUCAAGCCACAAUGGUUCUGAUCAAACUGGUGAAAGGGAUGUGGAAAUUGUAUAACAAUAGAUAUUAGCUGAGGAACAGAAACCAUCCCAUUUUUACUUUGUUUUUUGCUUAGUGUAAUUCAUUAUUUUAAUCA